AUGCCAACCAGCCCGAGAGGAUCUGAUGGCCUCGAUUGGCCUGUGUUUAAGGUCAAAGGGCAAACUGGCUGUUGUGCGCAAACACACAAAUCUGUCGUGUCGCCUCGAGGAGGCGUUUACUGCCGACCGGUUGGCAUGACUCCGUUUCACCUCGACCACCGCUCCAUGGUCCGCUUUCCGGCCUUGUCUGGCCCGACGCCAAAGUCGGAAUGCCCUGCGCCAGCUGGUGUGUCAAGGAAAAUUGGGUUUUAA